UAUCAAUUUCUAUCCAUAAAUUAUGAUAUUAAUUAUCACUAAUUUAAGCUUGAGUUAGGGAGGUGUUAUGUCUUUGGGAGUAAAGAAAACACAACCAUCAAAAUUAGGCCAUUAAUCUAAUAAAUAAAUGUGUAAUCGAUAGUCCCAAUUUUGGUGAAAACGCUCUUCACAAACAUAGAGGACAUUGGUAACUACGACGCGUGGUGGCUCGUGGUGAGUGGACCCUCGAAAAUCUUGGAGCAGUGAGAACGACAAAAAUGGAGUCCUCAAAACCUUCCAGGUGCCACCCUCACAAACAUGGCUUCAUCCUUCAACUUCUGGCGCUCCACUCUUCUCCUUCUUCCUUCUUCGCUUCCUUCCAAUAUUAAACACCAUGCAUUUCUUCAUUUCUUUAUUACCCUUCUCCACACUCUUCUAGAUCCCUCCCCUUCUCCCUCUCUCUCUCUCUCUCCUCUCGAAAACCCCUUUUAACAGCUGAUCAUCAUUUACCCACUUCGCUUUUUCUCCAAUUCCAAUAUUCCCCAGCCAUGAUUUCCUCACUAAUUUCUCCUAAUUUCCCAUUUCCAUCUCUUAAAUCCAAUUCUUCUCGACCCCCACCUAAGCCAUCUCUCUCUUUUCCCAAACCCAUCCUCUGUUUCCAUCAUCGAAACCCCAAUAUAUUUGAAAACUCGUCAAAACCUAUUGGCAUUUUCAUCAAAACGAUUCUAGAGAGCAACCCAGAUCGUGUUUUGUUCAGAGAAGUGAAGAAAAGAGAAGGGAAUGGUGGAAAAAGAGGUGUUUCUCUUGUGGGUAGUAAUCAAAUGUUGCUACUCUGUGGACUGGGUUAUUGGGUUCAGGGGUUUAGGUGCUUUCCAUGGCUGGCUCUGAACUUCCAUAUGGCUCAUUAUCUUAAUCUUCAUCCUUCCUUAUUGCAACUUGUCCAGAAUUCUGGAAAUCUUCCUAUGGUUGCUAAACCCUUGUAUGGAAUUCUGUCUGAUGCUUUGUAUAUUGGUGGAGCUCGUAGAGUUCCUUAUAUUUCAAUUGGAGUGCUUUUGCAGGUUCUAUCUUGGGGAUCUCUGGCAUUGAUACCUGUGGCAGGUGAAGCUCUUCCUGCUUUGAUGGCAUGCGUUCUUCUAAGUAAUCUUGGAGCAUCCAUAACAGAAGUUGCAAAAGAUGCACUUGUUGCAGAAUAUGGUCAAACAAACAAAAUUUGUGGCCUUCAAUCUUAUACAUUCAUGGCUUUAGCUGUUGGUGGAGUCUUAGGCAAUUUCAUUGGUGGAUAUAACUUAUUGAGUUCACCACCUAGAAAAAUGUUUCUUCUGUUUUCCAUUUUACUUUCUCUCCAACUUUCAGUUUCAUUAGCAACAAGAGAGGAAUCUCUAGGUUUGGUGCAACUUCCAGAGCCUGAUGUUCAUGGGAAAUCAAUCAUGGAAAAUGUUAGAAAUCAGAUAUCUGAGCUUGUAACUGUUAUUAGCGAUCCAAGUGUAUCUCGCCCGCUGGCUUGGAUUGUAGCUUCCAUUGCUAUAGUCCCUCUUCUAUCGGGCUCUAUCUUUUGCUAUCAAACACAAUGCCUUAAUCUUGAUCCUUCCAUAAUUGGAAUGUCUAGAGUUGUAAGCCAAUUGGUUCUUCUUUCUGUCACCGUACUUUAUGACCGCCAUUGGAAAAGAGUUCCUAUGAAGAAGCUAAUUGGCAUGGUGCAGAUAUUGUAUUCCUUUUCCUUUCUCCUUGAUAUUGUUUUGGUGAAGCAGAUAAAUCUGAAGUUGGGCAUAUCCAAUGAGUUGUUUGCUCUUUGCUUUUCGGGUUUGGCCGAAACCAUUGCACAGUUUAAGCUUUUGCCAUUUUCAGUGCUCUUUGCAAGCUUAAGUCCAAAAGGUUGUGAAGGAUCUCUGAUUUCAUUUUUUGCAUCGGCCGUGUGCUUGUCUUCCAUAGUUAGUGGUUUUUUGGGUAUUGGGUUGGCUUCUUUGAUUGGAAUAAGAUCAGGAAACUACUCAAGCUUGCCUGUGGGGAUUUUGAUACAGUUCAUUGCAGCUUUAUUGCCAUUAACCUGUAUCCAUUUUGUUCCCAUGAAGUCGCCGGUACUUGAAAGAGAAAAGAAGAGAGUAAUGAGUAGAAGAUCUCGGAAAAAUAGAAGGGUCGGACGAGUCAUGUAUAGCGGUUCUGUAUGUGCUUAUCGACGCGAGAGAGAAUCCGAGAUUCAGGGGUGAAAAGUCUAGUAUCUUCUGCAGCUUAUCUUGUAGAAAGAAAGAAAAGGAAAUCUAGGACCUCUUCAGAUUCUAUACUUCAUCAUCCUUUCUAUACUAGUAAAUGAAGCAAAUCCAUGCUCUAAAUGGUUCAUACACAUUUGAAGUGAAGAUUCCCUUGGUGAGGUAAAGGUGAACAUGAACAUUACAGGGUCUUAAGUCAUAACUUGUUGACAUCGUCCAUCUCGCUCGGUUAUCAGAACUUGCAUCGGUUCAAUUUAUUGAUGAAGGUCUAAUUUCUGUAUUAUGUUUACUUGGCAAGAGUAUUGGAUAGUCUGUAUUUGACAAACUUCCUAAUGCAAAGAAAAUCAUGGGAACGGAUGGGAGAGAGAUCAAUGAAGCAAAAUGGGAGAGAAUUCAUUGAUGUUUGAGUUCAAUCAGUGGUGGUUUGAUGAUGUGAUUGGCUGUUCUUUGAUGGAAGAAAUCAGAAUCAUUUUUAGUUAAUUUUGGGAAGAACAUUUACCCUUAACAUGACAAAAUGUAUCUAUUGAAAUAUAUAUAUUAUAACGGAGGCUUAACUUUGUAUAUUGAACCUUCUAAAAAAUUUCAAUUGAAGUUAGAAAUUUAUUCAAGUCUAA